CUGGAGACCACAGCUUGGACUUGGAGACGAUAAGCAAUAUUACCACAUGGCGGAAGACGGUAGCAAGGCCGCAGCCGCCUACUUGAUCGAUCCAUUGAAUGCACCUCAGCCCGCCGACGAGACUGGCCCGGGCACGCACUUUGGCAGCACAUUCGAUCCCGCCCACAAAGCCAAUGCCCCCGCCCUGCCCAAAACCUCCACCGGUCGCUCAUCCGCGAGCAACAACCCAUACCGCAAAUCGAUCGACAAGCAUGGCAUACCGGAAAAGACUGGCGCAUCAUCGCACACCCGAGCACUGAGCGGCGCAAGCAAUAGCGGGAGACGGAGAAGUCCUCGCGAGGAGUUUCCCAACUACCGCGCUGAGGCAUUUGGCGACUUUGAGCCAGCACCGCGCAGUCGCAGUGGAAGCCAUGGCAAGCCGCCGCCAUCUUAUGAGCAUGCCACUGGCUCUGCCCCAGGCUCUCCAAAACAACACCGCAGACGCACAUCCUCCUUGAACCAGCGAUACCCAGGCGAUGAGAGUACUGAGCCUCUGGAGAGAAUCAGACGCGAUAGCUUGAGGGCCCACCGCUCGCCGCAUCUUAGAAAGAAGCAUCAGCCGGGAGCCGACACCAUCGACCGCCUUGACCCUGCUAUUGGAGGCCGUGCUUACCAUCAUGAGGGCCCAUAUGAUGCCGCGCUGCUAGCCAGAAAUACUAGUUAUAAGUCUUCGCCAGUAGCCGCAUUGCAGAAGUCGAACGAAGAAGCGCUCAAAGCUACGCCUGCAGAGAAUGUUAAGGACAGUCUUGACAGGCACAAACCGCUCGACGGUGUUGCUGUGGUACCUCCAGGCAUGCCAGACCGCUUUGGCAGGACUUACAACUAUGAGGAAGGAGCCGACCUCAUGCACGAGGACAAUCCAGAUGGACCGGGCUACAAGCGUUGGAGUGGAAAGGAAUACUCACCAGACGAUCUUAAGGGGAAGGGUGAGCCAUCCUUCUCUCUCAACAAGGCCUACAAGGCACACACCAUCAACGACAACGGUAUCGAAAUGGCCAACGGCGAUCAGAUGUAUAAGAACCGCAAGCAGAAUGGCUCCGUAGACAACCGUGAUCCAGUUGAUAUUGCUAGCGGAGAAGGCCGUUCCGUCGAUGCGGAGAUCGCUCAUACCAACGACAGAGAUUCUGGAAUGCAGCGGAAAGGCAGUCUGCGAGAUGGGUUGAAGAGGCGAAUUGGUAGCUUGCGCAAGAAGCCAGCCGAGCGUUAAGUUUGCCAUGUUUUAGGGAGGGAAGCUCUUGAGGCACAUGUUCCUGGGCUGACGGGCCUGAAGAGGACACACAGUUGGACUACAUGGCGAAAGUUUUGAUCACGCGUCAGAUUGUAUCAUGAUGAACAGCAUAUGAUGGAGUUUACAGGCAAACAGCGAUAGAAGGAGCAAGAUACGAUGCAGAUAUGACGAUACACAGAUCUCAACGAUGU